GCACAAUUGGGUGAAGAAAAUUAAACUCAGCUCCCAUCUAAAUAAAAUAAUAAGCUAAGCCAUGGCAGCAGCUUUUGCUGCCUUGUUGUGUAGAUUCUUGGAUAUCUCCCCAGCCUUUGCCUUUGCCUUUGUAUUCCUUGUGUUUCCCUCUUUAGUUUGUUCCCUCUCAUUUGAUUUGCCUAGUAUCGGUGAAGACGAUAACGUGAGCCUCAAAUUAGAUGGAGAUGCAUCUAUCACACCCCAGGGCAUCCAACUCACGCCAUAUUAUUACGAUGCAUAUAAAUUGCCGGUGAAUAAUUACAAAGCUGGUCGAGCCAUGUAUGUUGAAUCGUUGCACCUAUGGGACAAUGAUUCUGGAGAUUUAGCCGAUUUUACCACACGUUUCACUUUCAACAUCGACUCAAAUGGUACCACUCCCUAUGCUGAUGGAAUCGCCUUUUUCUUGGCCAAAAUUUCCAAACCAUUGAGUUCAUAUCCCACUUACGGUAACAGCCUUGGCCUAACUCAAUGGAAAACAGAAAAAGCUGUAGAUCCUUUCGUUGCUGUGGUGUUCGAUACAUACUCGAUCAACAAGCCUCUCACUAAUGUAAGUAUCAACAUUAAUUCUACAUUAGAAUCUGUUAAUAUAACAGCAUGGUUGAACAACGUUACUCAGGGAAAGGAUAACAAUGCUUCCAUUACUUAUAAUGCUUCUUCCAAGAUCCUCCAAGUUGUAUUUACAGGAUUCUGGAACGGCCAGUACCUCACAGACAGCCUUAGCUGUAAGAUUGAUCUGAGGAAACACUUGCCUGAAUUCAUUACCAUUGGCUUCUCAGCUGCAACGGGAAUAUACUCCGAGAGAAACACUGUCAAGUCAUGGCAGUUCAAUUCCACUUCACUGAGGUCGGGCAGUGAAGGAAAGAACAAGAAGAAAGGAGUAGUUAUAGGAUUGAGUAUUGGUGUUCCAAUUUUAGUUGCUUUGUUGGCUUUAGGCGUCUGUACUUAUCUUAAGAAGAAGAUGCAUGCAGAUGAUGAGAUUAUUAUUCUUGGUCAGGCCAUGGAUACUGAAUUUCAAAUGGCUAGCAGUGGUCCUAAAAAGUUCUCAUACACUGAAUUGGAGACUGCAACUAACAACUUUGCAGAGGAGCAUAAGCUUGGAGAAGGGGGGUUUGGAGGGGUUUAUAGAGGUUUCUUAAGGAGCCUAAACAUGGAUGUGGCUGUGAAGAGAGUCUCAAGUGGGUCUAAACAGGGGAUUAAGGAAUAUGCCUCAGAAGUGAAGAUCAUCAGUCGAUUGAGGCAUAGAAAUUUGGUACCACUCCACGGUUGGUGUCACGACAAAGGUGAGCUGCUUCUUGUUUAUGAAUGCAUGCCAGAAGGCAGCUUAGAUUCCCAUCUCUUCAAGGGAAAGUCAGUCUUGAAUUGGGGGCUCAGGUAUAGAAUUGCACAAGGCUUGGCCUCAGCUUUGUUCUAUCUGCAUGAAGAGUGGGAAAAAUGUGUAUUGCAUAGGGAUAUUAAGUCCAGCAAUGUCCUGUUGGAUUCGAGCUUCAAUGCUAAACUAGGUGAUUUUGGGUUAGCCUGGCUUGUAGACCAUGAAAAACCUUCCGAAAAAACUUUAGUUGGAGGAACACCAGGGUACGUAGCCCCAGAAUGUCAUUUCACAUUCAAGACUAGCAAAGAAUCUGAUGUCUAUAGUUUUGGAAUUGUUGCAUUAGAAAUUGCUACUGGGCAAAGAGCAAUAAUUUUUGUUGACGAAACAGAAGGUUUCAAAAGGUUGGUGGAAUGGGUUUGGGAUUUGUAUGGAAUGGGAAAGCUAAUGGAAGCUGCUGAUCCUAAACUAUGCGGAAACUUUGAGAGGCAAGAAAUGGAGCAAUUAAUGAUGAUCGGGCUAUGGUGUGCUCAUCCUGAUAGUAAUUUUCGACCAAAAAUAAGCCAAGCUUUACAUGGUCUUCAACUCCAAGUACAGGUGCCCACCCUUCCACCAGAAAUGCCAGUUUACUCAACUUGUUAUAAUGUGCCAUCCUUUACAAAUUUGCGUUCCCAGAUAUUUGAGGGCUACACCAGUCCUAGCAACAACAGUUAUCCCUCGCAUGUAACUUCAUCUUCGGCCACGGAUGCCUCACAUUCGCAUACACACUGAUAGCACCAACCUUCUUGGCUUCCCUAUCUGAAUUUCAAACAAAAACACUACUUGCUGUGUCUGUUAAAGAUACAUAUUUCUGUGUGCUAGCUAUGAAGUAAUUAGCCGUGUCAUUCAUUAUCUCUUGUAUUUAUGCUUUAUCUUUUCUCUGUGUUUACAAUAUAGUAUAAGAACAGUGGUGAUUGAAAAUUAAAUGUAAGAGUGUGAGAUACUAUUGUAGCAGAAGAAGGUUAAUUAUGUUGAGUCUUAAGGUUUUAAGUAUAGCUAUAGAAUUAGUGUGUUCUUCCAUUAUUGUUAUUUUUGGCUCUUAAAUAGGUCUUUUGUUUGUUGUAACAACAAUAAAGACUUGGUCAAUAAUGCAUUAUUAACAUGUAGUUUUCUGCAAA